UUCUAUAGAACAUCAAGAGGCCUUAAAUGAAAUAAGAAGAGCACAUGAAUGUGAAAAACAGUUGCUCCAAGAUGAUAAUAGGAAAUUAGCAUUAGAAGUUGAAAGGAUAACAGAAUUGAUAAAUAGGCAGCAAGAAGAUAGACGGCGUUUAGAAGAUGACAUUAUUCAAAUUAGAGAAAAGAAAGAAUCUGUUUCUCAAUGGGAAGCACAAAUUAGUGAAAUCAUUCAAUGGGUUAGUGAUGAAAAGGAUGCACGAGGCUAUUUACAAGCAUUAGCUACAAAAAUGACUGAAGAGUUAGAAAAUUUAAAAAUGAGUGGUGUUAUUUCUUCUUCUACUAUUGAUAAAAAUUGGCGUAACAGACGAUCUCAAAAAUUAGAUAAAAUGGAAUUGCUAAGCUUACAAUCAAGUUUACAAAGUGAAAUCCAAGCCAAACAGGCUGUAAGUGAAGAAUUAAGUCAUGUCAGAGCAGAAUUGAUUGCUCAUCAAAAGGAACUUCGAGAUUAUCAACAGAAACUUGAUGCAUAUAGAAAAGACAAUCAAAAGAAAGAAAGUAAAAUUAGAGAACUCCAGCAAAGACUUGAUUCUGGUGAAGGAUACCCUCAAAUAAUGGAGCUUCUGCAUUGUCUAAAGGUUUUUGAUAGACCAUCCUCACAAAUGUCAUUUCUUGAUCAAUUCCUUAAAGAUACAUCUCAGUGUUUGGCAAGAAGUGAAAGUGGAGAUUCUGCAGAAGCAGGAGAUGAAGCAGACGUUGAAGACAAUCAACCUCCAUCUGUUGCUAGUAGCAAAUCUAAUGUUUCAGAAGCAAGUGCUGAUCGUUUACAAAUGUCUGUCUCACCUGUAAUGGAUUCAAGACCUGAAGUCAACCUUAUAACACCAAAACCCAAGGCCCAUCAGUUUUUAGUACGUACAUUUGUAGCACCUUUGAAAUGUAAUCAUUGCACAUCACUGAUGGUUGGGAUUAUCAGGCAAGGAGCAGUAUGUGAAGGUAAAAAAAAACUUAAAAAACAAACUUAUAAUUUUUUAAUGUUUAUAAAUAAAAAUAAUUAAUGCCUUUUGUAUGCUUUCAUAAGUCUUAAUGGUUUGUAAAGUUGUAAGAGUGAUGAUUGGCAUUUAUUAUUCAUUAGAUAUGAUUAAUGGUUUUAUGAAUUGGUGAUUUGAUUAGCUAUAUCACUGUUUUUUAAUACUUGUAAAUCAAAAUUUUAUCACUACUUUUGUAUGAAUGAAGUUUGACUACUGCCUAUUAAUUGAGUUUGCAUUUAAAUUUUAAAUCACGAUUAAUA